AUGGAGGCGCUGAGUGAUUUCAACACCCUACAACAGCAGAUCCAAGCAUCUCUCGUCGCCGUCACCCGAUCAUCGCAGGUCAUCUCAUCCGAGGACUUGGGCUUCCACCGCUCUCUGGAUCCAUCACUAGGUCGCGCACUCGACACACAGAAUGCGCGGCUUCUGGGGCUUGCGGAACGCCUUUUGGGCAAUGCGGCUUCGAAUACGGAGCUUGUACGUCCCAAGUUGCCCGACACAGACGCCGUAGAUGCACAGUGGAGCAGCGUCGUUGAUGUUAUCGACAGCUUGCUUGAGAAGGCAGACAUAAGCCUGGAUGAGUACACGGGUGCAGUUAAGCGCUUGAGCCCGGCGGGAGAGCAGGCACAAACACCGACCAAGUCGCAAAAGUACUCGCGCAUCUCCAACGCCCUCCGAACACAGGACAUUCCCAAACCCCAACAAAACUUCUUCGACAUCCCCACCAACGCCGAAUCAGGGCCCUUCAAGCCGCUCCUCCAAUCAAAACCCCACGCCAUCGUACCCUUCGCCAAAGCGCUGGAACUAUUCAAAGACGCAAACAAUGUUCAGCACCACCCACACCCCUACCAGAAGGAGAUUGAACAAUACAAAUACCCUACAUUCGUGUACACUCAGGCCGAACCCAUCCCCUACCACCCCUACGAAAGCACUACCGCCACAUUUGUCGAUACGGAAGAGAAGGUCGACGAGAUGCUUCAAGAGCUCAAGAAGGCAAAGGAGAUUGCUAUUGAUCUGGAACACCACGACUCGCGCUCAUACAUCGGUAUUGUGUCACUGAUGCAAAUCAGCACUCGCGACAAGGAUUGGAUUGUCGACACCCUUCAACCAUGGAGAAGAAAGCUGAGCAAGCUGAACGAAGUCUUUGCUGAUCCUAAGAUCCUCAAGGUUCUGCACGGCGCUUUCAUGGAUAUUACCUGGUUGCAAAGAGAUUUGGGUCUAUACGUCGUGGGUCUGUUUGACACGCAUUUUGCAUCAAGAGCUCUUGGAUACUCAGGAGGAAGUCUGGCAUUUUUGCUCAAGAAGUUUGUCAACUUUGACGCUCAAAAACAGUACCAGACGGCCGACUGGCGCAUCAGACCCCUUCCUCAGGAGAUGUUCGAGUACGCUCGAUCCGAUACGCAUUUCCUUCUUUACAUCUACGACAACAUGCGCAAUGAGCUCAUUGAGAAGUCCGAUUUUUCUGUUCCCAACCAUGAACAGGACAAGGUUCACGACGUCUUGACCCGCUCCAGAGAUACCGCCCUGCAAAGAUAUGAACAUCCUGUUUACGAUGCUGCACAAGGUUUGGGUGCUGGAGGAUGGUAUAAGAUGCUGAGUCGUACACCAGCCCUCCUGGACAAGCAGCAAUUCGCAGUUUUCCGCGCAGUUCACCAAUGGCGCGACCAAGUUGCUCGCGAGCAGGACGACAGCACGCACUAUAUUAUGGCAAAUCACAACAUCUUCAGUCUUGCAAAGGAGAUGCCAACCGAGAAGGUGCAGCUCUUCACCGUUGCUGGAAAUGUCAGCCAGACUGUGCGACUGAGAGUCGACGAGCUACUGUCCGUCAUCAUCAAGGCCAAAGAGCAAGGCGAGAAUGGACCCGACAUGAUUUCGACACUGAAGGAGAUCGAAGCACACACGAUGGGAAUCCCGCUCAACGAGACACCUACACAUUUUGCUGCUCUCAAGCGAGCACAGCCCAAGCAAGCGGCCGUAACCGCUCCAGAAGAGCCCAAAGCACCAGUUCUGAGCCGUACCGAUAGCAGCGAGCCAUCAGGAGUCCGUGCCAAGGUCUCUCAAUUCUGGGGUGGCCUNUUUGGCAAGAGCCAGAGUGGCCAGCCUCGUCCCUACUCAUCGAACAUCUCACUUUCGGUUCCCCUCCCUCCCCUGACAGCAGAAGUGUUUGCUUCGUCGGCUCCAUUGACGGCACCACCCACUCCAGCCAGCGCCACACCCAAGUCUGCUACACCUUCAAGUGCGCUACCGACACCUGCGGAUCGCAUCUUCACCAUCAAGGAGCGCGGACGCAAGCGUGACUCGGACGCCAUCUCGACUGGCAACGACAAUCUUGCGACCAACGCCGACGAGAUCGAUAUCACANNGCGGAUGAGAGCUUGGAAGCCAAGCGCGAAGCCAAGCGUCAGCGCAAGGAGCAAAAAGAAGGCCCAGAAGGAGGCGGCAGCCCAACACGCGGCAGAAGUUGAUUUGGAGGAAGAAGAGUUUGACUACGCAGCUGCACCUAGCGUGUUAGAAGCCAACAAGGUGGACCCUCGCGACAGAAAGAAGAACAAGAAGGAGCCGAAGACAAAGGCGUUUAAUCCAUUCGUCAAGGCGCUAGACACGAUGAAGGGUAUGCCCAGACAGCAGAAGGAAAGGGCUGGCAAGAGUAUGACUUUCAGAAAGUAA